AUGUCCCCGAGCUUCCCAAGACCUUCAUCAGUACGUGUGCGAGUCGGGAACGAGCUGGGCGCCGGCAACCCCCGGUCCGCCGCGUUCGCCGCGUGGAUGGUCACCGCCGUGUCGGCGUUCGUGUCGGCCGUGGCCGGCCUCGUCACUUUCCUGCUCAGGGACAAGCUCAGCUACGUCUUCACCGGCGGCGAGGCCGUCUCGCGCGCCGUCGCCGACCUGUGCACCUUGCUCGUCGGCACCAUUGUGCUCUGCGGGAUCCAGCCCGUGCUGUCAGGUGUGGCCGUUGGCUGUGGGUGGCAAGCAACGGUAGCGUACAUCAACAUUGGAUGCUACUAUCUCAUCGGCAUACCCCUCGGUGCUCUCCUUGGACUCAAGUUUGACUUUGGCGUCAAGGGAUUGUGGGGAGGCAUGAUUGGGGGCACCCUCAUGCAAACACUUAUUCUGAUCUGGAUCACGUUCAGGACUGAUUGGAACAGGGAGGUCGAAGAAGCGAGGAAAAAAUUAGACAAGUGGGACGACACAAGGCAGCCUCUUCUUGCAAGCAAGGAGUGAUUGGUGAUGUCAGGAGUGGAUGGAGAGUCAACAUGCUGCUGCAAGUUGAUCCAAUUCUGCAAUGAUAGACCACUCAAAUGAAAAUUCAGUAAUGCAUUAAUGUGCAGUUCAGUCAGUUUCAUAUGAGGUCAUACUGUUUCAGAACUGGCACACUAUUCCUUCUCACCUUUAUGGGUCGUGAUACCCUUUUGAGGCA